CAAAUUCCGGUUUCCGCCUUUUAGAGUAACGGCCGUCCGCGGGAGUGAAGCGGCAAACUCAAAACAGAAAGCUGAAACAUAUUUUUAAAAAUAAAGUAAACGGAAUACCGUAAAAUCACCAACAUUUCACGUUUAAUAUCAGGAAUAUGAGCUUACCAUGACAGAAACCAUUUUCAACCAGAUACUGCAGGCCCAAGUCAAGUGUAAAGACUGCGAAGACAGGAGAGCCAAUAUUCGAGUCAGCAUUGAACUUCAGUCCACAUCAAAUCCAGUCCACAAAAAAGAUUUGGUAGUACGGAUAACAGAUGACAUAGAUCUGUAUUUUCUUUACAAACUUGUUAUAUCAGAAGAGGAUUUCCAAAGCUUAAAGGUCCAACAGGGUCUCCUUGUAGACUUUUCAGCGUUUCCACAAAAAUUCAUAGAUCUCUUGCACCAAUGUAUCCAAGAGCAAGACAAAGAAAACCCAAGGUUUCUACUGCAGUUCCUUUCAUCAACACCAGUAUUAGACCACACUCCUGCCCAUUUAAACAUAGUAGAGACAAAUGCCUUCAAACACCUUACACACCUUUCCCUCAAACUCCUACAUGGUACAGAUGUGGAAAUAAAGAAGUAUUUGGCAAUCUGUUUAACGUGUGUAAAGGAUGAAAGGUUGUUGUUGGAACAGAAGCUUCAGAAAACAGAGGAAGAUCUCUCCAGGCAGUUAAGCUACACACAACAGACUCUGUCAGAAAAGAGCAGAGAACUUGACAGAUUGAGAUCUGAAUGGACAUCCCAAACUACUGCCCUGUCAAACAAGCAUUCUCAGGAGCUAACUUCAGAGAGGGAAAGGGCACUUGAGGCCCAGACAAAGUAUCAGCAGCAGUCUGAGCAGCAGCGGAGAGAGUCGGAAAGUCUGCAUCAGAAAAACAUAGAGCAACUACAGACCAGACUAGUCGAGCUCGAGACAUGCAACAAAGAACUGACAGAACGGAAAUACAAAUCAGAAUCAAUCAUCCGGGACCACGCGGCUAAACUUGUGGGCCUGGAAGAUGAGUCGCACAGAGCAAAGCAAGAGGUCCUGUCGCUGCGCCGGGAAAACUCCACCCUGGAUGUGGAAUGCCAUGAAAAGGAAAAGCACAUCAAUCAGCUGCAAACUCGUGUGGCUGUGCUAGAGCAAGAGAUCAAAGACAAAGAUCAGAUGGUGAUCAGAUCAAAAGAAAUGUUGGAUGCCACUCAGGAACAAAAGCUGACCAUCGAAGAAAAUGCAGAGAGAAGACAACUUCAUGUUGGAAAACUUGAGGCAACAGUUCAGUCUUUAUCGGAGGAGUUGAUUAAGGCAAAUGAAAUUAUUAAAAAACUACAAGGAGAUGUGAAGAUUCUGGGAGGCAAACUAAAACUAAAGAAUACGGUUACCAUUCAGCAAGAAAAACUGUUAUCUGAGAAAGAAGAACAAUUGAAGAAGGAACAGAAAGAGCUGCAUGAUGUUCAGCAGGCUCUUCGACUGAAAGAGGAGGUGGCAUCAAAACUGCAAGAGCAACUGGAAGCUACUGUUCAAAAAUUAGAGGAAAGCAAGCAGCUGCUUAAAACUAAUGAAAAUGUGAUCACAUGGCUUAACAAACAACUUAAUGAAAACCAGGUGACAAGGAAGCAAGAACCAUUAGGAACGUUUGACACGCCGCCUGGUAUUUCUUCCAGUGGAGGUUUCAGAACUGGAACUUUAGCUCAGAAUAUGGUGCUUGAAAAUCGACCCCUUCACUCUGCCUCGGGAACAAACUAUCCUGUUACCUCUACCUUAAAUUCAAAGCAUUCCUUCUUCCCACAGUCCUUUGCUGUUAGCACUGGCAGCUGUCCAUCCUUAGUACUCCACAAUCAGAGCUAUGGACCAAAGGUCCAGUUUAAUCCUCUGAUGUCUAAACCCAGUGUGUCUCCUGUCGACAUGAAACCUGGGGCUCCUACAGCACAAAAUGCACAUGCCUUCUCAAAUAAAGAAAAUGGUGAACCUUUUGGGCUGGAAUCGAAGUAUUUUCAAAAACGUGAGGACAGCAUUCCUCUGCGUGGAAUUGUACCAAAUAAAGAACUCCAAGUUGGUGCUGCACAUUCGUCUUCUAAACCAGGACCCUAUUCUGCAGCAUCUGCCUACUUCCCUGGACAAUAGCCAGGAUUAUUAAAUGUUGCGCUCAGUUCUUCCAACCCCCACCUGAAUUUACUGUACAUUUUACAGAAAGCAACUGUAUAGUGAACUGAAGAAUGUGAGGUUUCAGUUCCCUUUUCAGAAAUUUUAAAGCAAAUGUAAAGUGAUCCAUAUGCACUAUUGUGCAUAUGUUAUUAACUAAUAUGUGUAUCUAUUGAAUAACUGAACCAAUUUUUAACCUCAAAUAUUGUAGAGAAGUUGAACAAGCAGCCCAUUUCCUCCAAAAUACUUUGUUUCGGGAUGUUGUAUUUAUUUCUCAAAAGUUAUUUGCAUGUUCAAUUUUUACUCUACAUCAGUGCUUAUUUAACCAUAACCAAAUAUAAAAUGAAAAUUAGGGCUUUAAAGACAUUCAUCAAAGUAAUUUAAUUUGGUGUGCUAAGGUUGUAGGAGUUGUGGGAUCCUGUGCUGCAUUGUACUUUUCUAGUUCACCGUUGUGAGGUAUCCUAAUACUGUGCAUGUAUUUCAUACCCAAAAGGUCAUUUUAACUACUCCAUUGCCCGUAGUUUUACUCUAAUUUUCAUGCAGUUUCCAUAACUGUCUCAGUAAGAUUUGUACAGAAUUUGCAUAUGAAUUUACAUUCUGAACAAUGUGCAUUCAUUCAAGAAAAUGCAGAUAAGUGUAUUACGCUUAUGUCAUCUGGAUAUAAGGAAAUUUCAAAUGUGAAAUAUUUCUUUAUUUCUUUACAAAACGGUUAAUGGGGUCCAGUGAUACUUACUGAAGAUGGGACUGUUUCAAACAAUUACAUCUGAGUAUAACAGUAUCUAAUUAUUCAAAAAUGUAAACAGAACUAGUCCUAGACAAGUUCUUCAUAAAUUCAUACCACUUUGAGAUUAAAAGAAGUGGAAAUUGAAUUUAAAUUCUUGGAUUUAAAAAUCAAACUGUUCCAAAUGUAUAUUACAAGGAAAUAAAAAAAAAAGAAUGUUAAAAGUUAGUACUGUAACUGGUUUAUAUUUACAAAACCUUAACAGGUAUAAAAACAAUACGGUUUACUUGUUUGUGGUUUGGAAAGCAAAUUAUUAUUACUCUACCUCUCUUGGACAACCUUUGUUUUUUAAAUCAUUGAUUUAUUUUAAUUGUUUUGCUGUGUACAAAUUGUAAAGUUUUGUUUUCAAUCAGGAGUGCUGUUUGAAAAGCAUUAACUAGUAAUGUUUUAUAGAAAAAUUGCAAUGUACAUAUUUUCUUUCAGAGAUUUAUAAGUGAUGUUUAAAUAAAGCAAUGUUUAAGUCUG